GUCAGCGUCAACGUAAGAAAUCUUACAACGCUGAAGACAUUAUUCCUUCGUCAUGCAACAACCGAACGCGAUAUAGUUGAGCGCGCCGCGCAGAUGGCUAUCACACGUUCGCUGAGUUUGAAUCACCAAGGAUUUCUUCCGGCCCACUGCAUCACGCAACUCCUCUCAACCAAUUCAUUUUUAAAACAUUCUGUCCCCAUUCGGGAUUGGAUUGGAGCGCAGAUACUCAAUUGUGCUACACCACUGCAUCCUGUUAUGACACAUUUACUGAAGGCAUAUGCUUCGAGCUGUGUUACGGUUUUUGAAAAUAAAUCCCCAAAUACGCCAUUCUCGGAAGAGUUUAUACUGGUAAGUUCACAAAAACUAACCUAA